AUCGGGAGUCUUGAGAUACUAGAUUUCUGAGGAAUAGGAAAAGCCCCUACCCUGUCUGGUCUUGUAAUCUUGGAAUUUCCUUAAAAGCCAAGUGAACCCAGAGUGUCAGAUUUAUUCUCUCAUGUUUUAGUCUGAUGUGCCCCCCGUCCCCACAGCCACGCUGAAAAAAUCAUGCCUUUCUUUUCCCCUCCCCUUCAGCAUGGCCCCUUCCUUCUCUAACAUGCCUGUCCCCAGUCAGCUAGUGGUUGGCGGAGCACAAGGCGUGGUCAGAGGCAACAUCCUGCCCCACGCUGGUUUGGUCAAAACUGCCCAAAGUCCAGUGAACGAAAGCGCUGAGAACCCCAGCCACACUGACAGGAUGGGAAAUAACCUCCUCAGAGAACUCAGUUGCCUCAGAGACAAUCAAAAGAAGUCCAGGAAGGUAAACCCAGAUGUGGAACAGAAACGGCAGGAAAUGACUACAGUUGAGAGACAAAAUCAAGGUCAAGAUAAGAAAAGUAAAGAAGUUUCAUCCACUUCUAAUCAGCAGGAAAAUGAGAGUGGCAGUGGUUCUGAAGAGGUGUGCUACACUGUCAUCAGUCACAGCUCCUAUCGGAGGCCCUCCUUGAACUCCAAUGACAAUGGUUAUGAGAACAUCGACUCUUGUACAAAGAGAGUGAGAUCCUUUAAAGAAGGGUCGGAAACAGAAUACGCCCUCCUCAGGACAACUUGUGUUACUAGGCCUUCUUCCUGCACCCCUGAGCAUGAUUAUGAACUUGUGCUUCCCCACUAGAACCUCAUGCCUCAUCAUCUUUCAGUGACAAAGAUGGCACAGAACAAUGCCCUCUGGGGAAGUCUCUCUCAACAGUUCAUAAAACAUUCAUUUCUGCCCAGAGUUUAGAAUGAUACCCUUUUACUCUAUUGUCUUGGGAAACUCUUAGACAUGGCAUCUCUGUGGUUUGUGUGAAGCCAUAUAAAUUGACAUAAUGAUAUAAAGUAUUCUACAUCUUUUUGUUUGUAAAGUUGGAGGACAUAGAGAUGGUGG